AUGAGUGGGAAUCAACGGGACUCUCGUGGAAUGCCUCAAGUGAGCACUUUCUGUUUCAAUUCCAGCCGAACGGAAAGGGUUACUGUAGGCUGGCUUCAUUAUCGAACAUCAAAACAGUGACCAAAAGUGGAAAGUGUUGCGAAAUAUCUACUCGGGACCGUUUUCUGACGUCUAUGUCGUCGAGGACGUGGCCACGCACGAAAAGUACGCGAUGAAGUGCGAGCGGCAGGAGGGAAACUCGCGUCCGGUGCUCAAGUUGGACGUGAUGGUUUUGAUGGCGACGAAGGGAAUUACUGGAUUUCCGAGGUUUAUCGCCGCCGGAAGAACUGAUGUCUACAGGUUGAGAAGAGGAAAGGAUCUUCGGGGAUAUCUGCGAGGUUUCAGAUACUGCAUUAUGCAACUGGUCGGUCCGGAUCUCGGCCGUCUCCGUCGCACUCGCACAGAACGCCGUUUUUCCCUCCCGACGGCACUUCAGAUCCUUCAUCAGACUCUCCGACGUCUGGAAGAUCUGCACAACUGCGGAUGGCUGUGCCGUGACGUCAAGGCGCCGAACUUUGCGAUCGGAGUCGGAGAGAACGAGGCCAUCGUUUACAUGCUCGACUUUGGAUUCGCACGCAAGUUUGUGUAAGUUCCAAGACCAAGUUUGCAUUUCGAGCUAGUUUAUUUUCAGUGAUAAGGAGGGCAAGGUCAUUCCUCCGCGCAGUGCCGCCGCUCUUAUGGGAACCUUCCAGUAUUGUGCCAUUUCCGCGCAUUCCCACAAAGAUCAGUCCGCUCGCGACGACCUGGAGAGCUGGUUCUACAUGGCCAUCGAACUUCUGAAGGGCCCGUUGCCGUGGGCGAACAUGGAUGGACACAAGAAUCACAAACAGAUCGGAGAGGCGAAGGUGGCGAUUCGUGCGGAGCCGGCAAGAUCCGCCUUUUUUGAGGGAGUUCCGAAGCAGUUCAAUGAGAUUCUGACGAUUCUCGAUGCGAUCACCUACUUCGAGCGUCCGAAUUAUAAGAAGCUGGCCGAGCUGCUGAGAGAAGCGGCGCAGGAGCAUCAGGUGACGAUGAAGGAGCCGAUGGACUGGCAGAACAACGAGCGGAUGCAGCAGAAGGCGAACUUUGUGGGCGAACUCGGAGAAUCGCACCAGGCAUCGGCCAAGUUGGAUGCCAAGGACAGUUCGAACGAGGCGAUGGACAUUGAGUUCGACGAGUUGCCGUUAGUUUCCUUCUCUUCUCGAAAAACAAAGAGAACUGUUCUGUUUUUCAGAGCGAAAGAUGGUCCGGAAGCGAAAGAGGAGAAGCCACAAAUGACUAGUGAGUUGUCAGAAAAAGAUUUGAAAAAAUGUUUAAUUUUUUGAAGUUUAGAUUCGGAGAUCGCAAAAGCCGACGGAAAAUGCUCAAAUUCUGCCACUUUAUAA